AGGCCGUUUGCGUGUCAGUAUAUGAACAAGUAUAUGGUGAUAAAAUAGUUAUUACAAGAGAUAAUUAUUACCUUUAAAUAAUAUGUUACUGUGUUUUCAGUCACACUAUUAGUGUAUCAAGCAACUAUUGGUUGACGGUGUCUUUUGCCAGAAUAGCAGAAACAAUGAAGGUUGUAUUGGGUUUGGUGGUAUUACUCUAUGCGUUUUGCAUGGCAACAGCUGAGACAGCUGAUUGGCAUAAUGACUACGAUCAACCCGUGAACUUUACUUGCCCCAAAGGCCAAGCUAUCUACAAGGUAAUAUCUGUCCACAAUGAUAAGAAAGAAGACCGGCUUUUUGAAUUCUUCUGCAGACCACUUCCAGCAGACUGUUCACAAAGUGUUUGGACGGGAUACAUUAAUGACUUUGACCAACCAUUCGCCAGUGACUGCCCUUACAGUGGCAUUAUUAUUGGUGCUUACAGCUACCACGUCGACAAACAUGAAGACAGGAGGUGGAUGUUAAACUGUUGCGAAAGUGAGCAUUCGUAUACUGUGAACUGUUAUACCACACCGUACGCCCAUACUUGGGAUGGAUACCACGAAUACUCAGCUCCAAGUGAUUACUGGAUCCAUGGCGUGGCAGGCCAGCACAGCAAUAAGAAAGAAGACAGACUAUGGCAGUACAAAGUAUGUCAAGUGAGAACAACUUAAAUCAAUGGCAGACUGAUGAUUCUGUGCAUGUGGUAUAACAUUUUGAAAGGCAAAAAAUAUAGCCUAUACUAUAAAUUUACCAACCUAAUUUUAAUGUAAAUUACAGACAACACAAAGAGAACAAUAUCGUGCUUCUCAUGAAAUCGUAACUUCGAAUAAUUGUACGAGUAGGCCUGAGGACUUGGAUAAGCUAGAAUUUAACUGUCAAUUGAGCUAAACUUGUAUGGUACCAGUAACAAUUAUUCAAAAAUAUAUUUGUUAAUAGGUAUCCGUUAUUACCUAGCUUUCGAAUUACAUGUAUGCACUGAUAAUAUCUUUACCUGCAGCUGGUUAUUUCAGCCUUGUCUAGUUUCCAGACUUGUAUACAGUUUAUUAGUUCACCUCUUUGCUUUAUGUUAUUAAAUGCAUUACUUAAACUAUACUCGA